GCCUUACAAAUUAGAGGAAGAAAACGCCAACGGGUUGAAGGAGUAUUGGGACUCAAUUCCUCGUUAGCUACAAUACUAUUUCUUAGUUCUCCCUCGUCUCUGCAAGUUUAUUUUUGUAUUAUGGAUUCCUCUACUAACGGGGUUGAGGAACCAUCUCCUUGGGAUGAAUUAUACAACAUCAAUUUUAUGCCUUCUGAGUUAUUCCUCAAGUUCCGUAAAGAAAUUCAGGGUAUUCGUGUUGCUCUCAAUAUGGAGGUCUAUAAUGCCCCAAUCAAUGAAUGUCAAGCAAAGCUUAUAUUUAAGCCUCUGACACCUGAAUGGAGAUGGAAGGUCAUUUAUGAGCCUAUUCAUCAUGAUGUUCGCAUUCUCUCAAAAAAGAUCCCACUUACUAGAUUUUUGAAUCUUCAGGUUGGUGUAGGGCACAGUUUUAAAAUGCAUGCUACUGGUUGGAAAUGGAAGCUCACCACAUGUUUGGGUGGAGAUGGUGUAUCCCGAAUCCGAAAUAAGACAUCGGUUGGUUUGUUCCCUGGCUUUGAUUUACGGUUUGGAUGGAGAGCAGACUAUGUUCUUCCUGAGCUUACUGGGGGUCUAGGUACCGGUGAGCCAAUGUUCAAUAUGCAGUCGGGACGGCUACAAGCAUCACUUGAUAGAGUUGAGGCCAUCUUAACCCACAGUGAUGCUGAUUGAUCUGGGCAAAGAAUGCAAUAAAAGAGAAUGUAAACAAGUUUCUGCAGGAUGUAAGUUAAAUUUUGAAGUUUGCCACUCCCUGUUUUUGAAAUGACCACAAGCCUCAAAGUGAAGUUAAGCUGAUACCUGUAGGCUGUAAGGUUAUUUGAAUUUUGUGGAUGGCCCUCCAGUUUGAAAUUAUGGAGCAGUUGAUGGGAGAAAAAUUUCUCACGGUAGUCAAAACGGCUAUUUGCUUUGUGCAUACAUGCAUUAUUGCAACAGAGUCAAGUUAUUUACCUUGCUUUGCCUGUUUGAUGUUUUUUACAUGAGACUAUAAUUAGUAUUUUAGAUCUUAAUUUAAGAUGUUCCUAAUUUCUUAAAUCCACAUAUUAAACAACUUGGUUCGAGAGAGAAAGGAGUGUGUGUCUGUGUCAAUUGGAGCUAAUAACUUCAAUAAUUGAUUGCUUGUAUUGCACACUCGAAAAGUGAAGAUAGAUGAAUUCGUGUCGGUUUGGUUUUCCAA